AUGGCGUACAUCCAGUUGGAACCAAUAAAUGAGGGUCUGCUCGCUCGAAUCUCGGAUCUCUUGCUGUGCCGGUGGACCUGCAGAAAUUGUUGUCAGAAGUGUUUUGACUGUAGCUGUUGUCAAACAAAUGAAGAUGAAGUUGAAAUUCUGGGACCUUUUCCUGCUCAAACUCCUGCCUGGCUGAUAAGCAGCCAAAAUGAGGACAAAGAUGGAGACUCUGAUAAUACAAUCAGCGAGCUGCCUCCCACUCUUCAGGAUGUUUCCCCUGACAGAAGGCGGUCGUCAUCAGAUACAUCACGGUCCACUUACAGCCUCACGCGGCGGAUUUCAAGUCUGGAGUCAAGGAGGCCAAGUUCUCCACUAAUUGACAUCAAACCCAUCGAGUUUGGAGUAAUAGGAGCUAAGAAAGAAAUAGUUCAGCCAACUAUCCUGCGGAAAACCUACACCCCAGAUGACUAUUUUAGAAAAUUUGAACCAAGGCUGUAUUCUCUUGACUCAAAUAGUGAUGACAUGGACUCCUUGACAGAUGAGGAGAUCUUGUCCAAGUACCAGCUGGGCAUGCUGCAUUUUAGCACACAGUAUGAUCUGUUGCAUAAUUAUCUAAUAGUGCGAGUCAUUGAGGCUAAAGAUCUGCCUCCUCCAAUUUCUUACGAUGGUUCAAGGCAAGACAUGGCUCACUCCAACCCCUAUGUGAAGAUCUGCCUUCUUCCUGAUCAGAAGAACUCCAAGCAGACUGGAGUGAAACGCAAAACGCAGAACCCAGUGUUUGAGGAGAGGUACACAUUUGAAAUCCCCUUUUUAGAAGCCCAGAGAAGAACUCUGCUUUUAACUGUAGUGGAUUUUGACAAAUUCUCACGCCAUUGUGUUAUUGGCAAAGUGUCAAUGCCCUUGAGUGAUGUAGACCUUGUGAAAGGUGGACACUGGUGGAAAGCCCUUGUGCCUAGUUCUCAGAAUGAAGUGGAGCUGGGAGAGCUGCUAUUGUCACUAAACUACCUACCAAGUGCAGGAAGACUGAACGUGGACAUCAUUAGAGCAAAACAGCUUCUCCAGACAGAUAUGAGCCAAGGUUCAGAUCCCUUUGUGAAAAUUCAGCUUGUUCAUGGGUUAAAAUUAACAAAAACCAAGAAGACGUCCUGCAUGCGGGGCACAAUAGAUCCCUUCUACAAUGAAUCCUUCAGCUUCAAGGUCCCACAGGAAGAGCUGGAGAAUGCCAGCCUGGUGUUCACAGUGUACGGGCACAACGUGAAGAGCAGCAACGACUUCAUCGGGCGAAUUGUGAUCGGGCAGUACUCGACGGGAGCCCCCGAGUCCAGCCACUGGCGCCGCAUGCUGAACGCGCACCGCACGGCCGUGGAGCAGUGGCACAGCCUGCGCUCCCGCCAGGAGUGCGACCGCGUGUCCCCCGCGUCCCUCGAGGUGACAUGA